CCUUCAUUAACAAAACAUCUAAUAUCCAGUCUGUUUAUUGGGAAAAUUCAUAAAAUGUCAAGCUUAGAGAUGUUCAGAGCUAUAGUUCGGAGCCUUUUGUCCGCUCCAAGAUCGUCGGUUUUUCAAUUUCAAUAUGGUCACGUGAUACAAGUGAUGUCACAAGUGGGUCGUUAUUGUCUUAUUCAGAUGAACGAUAUAUUAAACGAUAUUGUACAAAAACUGUGAGACAUGGCGACUGAGUUCAGAUCAGACCAAGAAGACGGCAGAGCAGCUAGUAUAAGCUUGGGGGCUUGAUCGAGAGAAUUAUCCGCAAACCUAAUUACCGAGAUGUGGUAACUUGCCACCGGAAUGUCCGGUGCAUAUGGCGAGUGCGAGUGAUCAUGUAAUACUAACUAUAUUAAUAUAAUGGUUUAUUUUGGUAAGUCGUGUCCCCGUCACUUACCAGAAGAAAACCAUUUUAUAUCAUCGAUGCUCAAUCCUCGAAAAUAAUUUGGAUUUUGAACUUUGCGGGUCGAGAUCAUUGAGCAGUGAAAUCAGUAAACAAAUUUAACAAAUGUUCUGUUGCGUUAGGGUCUUUUCACAGAAGGAAUAUUCCUGUGAUGUUCUUGUUCCGUGUGAUUUUUUACCUCCCGGAACAUUUGUACAGUUCAUUAUUUUCGUCUUGUACAUACUCUCUAGUUUGGGGCUGAACCCCAUCCAAAUUUUCUAUGCGUACGCCAUCUUUUCAAUUCUAUGGUCAUGGGAUAGUUCAGUAAUCAAUGUAAGUAGUGUAUCUAUAUGUAUAAUCUAUGGAAUAAUUACUUCCGCGUUACACGCAUUGGUUACUGAACUCUCCCGUGAUUACAGAUUGGUAUGGGAUAGCUAUGGAAAGUCCCUCAAAAGACAGGUUGCAUUUCUACAACAGAACAGUGACACAAGUGCUGGAUAAGUGAGAGCUGUAGCAAAUACAUCAAUAAUAUUCUGUUAAUCGAGGUUAUAAAGUUAAACAUAUCUGGAUACUAUGACUUCAACUUAUACUUGUAUAACUUGCCGUGUCGCUUUCCGUGAUUUGGAAGUACAAAGGCAACAUUACAAAUCAGAUUGGCACAGAUAUAACUUGAAGAGAAAAGUAGCUGAGUUACCACCCAUUACGGUUGAGGAAUUUCAAAGACGAGUUAUUGCACAGCGAAGUAAAGUUGAUGAAGAAAGUCAGAGUCAAAGUUUGAUUUGUAAAGCUUGUAAAAAGAAUUUCAAUACUAAAAAUCAGUAUGAUAAUCAUUUAUUGUCUAAAAAGCACAAAGAGAAGACUUUAAAAUCAGAUAGUUCUAUUUCUUUGGAAAACGAUGAAGUAAUGAGAGAAAGCAAUGAAGAAUCAACCAGUAGUGGACCUAUUAAAAAAUUAAAAAAUAGUAUAGAAAUCAAUGAAACUAAAAAUGAUAUGGAAGUUGAUUCAGAUGUUGAAUCUGUAGAUUCAGAUGAAUGGUUAGAAGAUACAGACAAUCCAGUUGUCAGAAAUGAUUGUCUAUUUUGUCAUCAUCAUAGCAAGAGCUGGGUGAAGAAUUUGAAACAUAUGACAACUGUUCAUUCAUUUUUCAUACCUGAUCCAGAAUUUUGCAUAGAUAUAAAGGGUUUACUUAUUUACUUAGGAGAAAAAGUUUUUGCUGGAUAUAUGUGUGUAUGGUGCAAUGACAAAGGCAAGGCCUUCAGAAGUGCUGAAGCAGCAAGGACUCACAUGCUUGAUAAGGGGCAUUGUAAAAUGUUACAUGAAGGAGAAGCACUUGCAGAGUAUGCAAGUUUUUAUGACUAUUCUUCUAGCUAUCCUGAUAGCGAAUCAGCUGAUCCCAAUGCAGAAGUGGAAAUCCCAGAGCUAGAUGACAGUGAUUAUCAACUUGUGCUUCCAUCAGGUUCAAUUAUCGGCCAUAGAUCUCUUAUGCGAUAUUAUAAGCAAAGCUUAAAUCCUCAACGUGCUUUAGCUGUUCCCAAGAAUGAAAAAUUAAAAAAAGUUUUAUCUAUGUAUCGAGCACUUGGUUGGAAAGAGACUCAAGUAGAAGCUGCUAAACAAAAGGCAUUGGAUAUUAAAUAUAUGCAGAGGCUGCAACAAAAGUAUUCAUCUAAAUUAGGUUGCAAAGCAAACAAAUUGCAAAGCCAUUUUAGACAGCAAGUUAACUUUUAAAAUCAAUCAUACUUUUAUGUGUUUUUUAUAUGUAAAAAAAAUGAGCAGUAAAUAAGCUUUGAAAAGCUCCAUAAAUGUAUUUAUGUACAAUUAUAAUUUACCUUUUAUAAUAGUUUAUUAUAAACAGAAGAAAUUUGCAUUACUGAAUAGCUAUAACAAAAAGCAUAUUUUUAAUCACAUGUACAUAUAAAUUUAAGAAUUUUGAGAAAAAAGUUUUCAAUAAUAUAACAAUAUGCAAACUUCGUAGCGUCAAGGUUAGAGAGACAGAAGUCUGUACAGAUUUAUAUGAAAUACAUUUUUAUGCUAAAAGCUAAUACUCUGUAUUAUUUCAUUGGUAAAUAACAAUGUUACUUAUUGAAUGUUAUGAAUAAGCAAAAUUGUAAGCUUUUGGAUUGGUAGCCUCACAAUAGAAAAUAAAGAGGUUUAAUAAUGUAGAA